AUGAGUUGCGCAAGCUCCAAUCCGGUGAGACGAAAAGUUUCGUUCUGGGGAGGUGAGCCUUGCGCGUUUCCAAGGUUGGAUCAGCGACCGCGUUCGACCAACUCCUCCCUUCCUCUUCUCAUCAUCGUUCUCAUUCUAUGGUUCACGACUCCCGCAGUGGCCAUGUGGUCUACCUCGACUGCCUUAUUUGCCUCCAAGAGGGGAACCGGGAGUAGGUUGAGGAUCCCCACGAGCCUGGAUUCGCCGAAUGAGCGGCAAAUACACAGUGGCCUUUACAAGCCUCUGCAACAGGGAGAAAUCAGAGUUUUGCGCCUCUACCCUGGCAUUGGCGACGAGCCUGUAAGGUGCUCCCUCGAGCUAGUUUAUCUCGACGCGGAGUCGCCGCCCGAAUACAACGCGCUAUCAUACGAAUGGGGCCGGCCAGAUACGGAAGACUACAUCAUCCAGAUCAACGAUUUCUCGGUGCCGGUUCGAAAGAAUCUAUACUUUGCCUUGCUCAGUAUACGCGGCAAAAGUGCAGAUGAGAGUACGACAAUGACUAUAUGGAUCGAUGCUGUCUGCAUAAACCAGAAAGAUAUUCGAGAACGCAACGCACAGGUCGGCAUGAUGGGUUCCAUAUACGCUGGCGCUGCGACAGUCGUCGUCUGGCUUGGACCCGCGUCCGAAGAUAGCGACGCAGCAUUUGACUUCAUACACUGCGCCUUCCGGAGCCACAACUGGAGCGCUAAAGACGCAAGUCCUGACGACCCCGGGUUGAGAGCAUUCACGAAACUACCCGACCGAAGUUAUUGGUCGAGGCUUUGGAUAAUUCAAGAGUUUGUGCUCGCGAAAGAGAUAGUCCUCUGGUGUGGAUGCAAGCAAAUCGACUGGGAGAAAUUUUCGCUGGCUCGCAAUCUCGUUCUAAAACUAACGCCCAACCUGAGAUCGAAGAUCGGCAGCCUCGGCCCCUGCGACCAGAUAAGGAAACUGGACAAACACGAGAUUACUUUGGAACGCCUUCUCUCGGAGACCUGCGACUCACUAUGUGAGAACCCGCACGACAAAAUCUUUGGACUUCUUGGCCUGCUUCCUACGUUCGAAUCUGGAGUCACGGGUGUCCCUAGUCAAGGCGGUUCCGGUGAACUGCCCGUAGGUCUAUAUGAGGGUAAGAAAAGGGAUAUCCUGAUGAAGACGGGCACGAUGAACGUCGAACGUUUCCCGGUGGACUAUGGAAUGAGUAGCUUCGAGUUAUAUUGGAGUGUAAUUCGGUACCACUGGAAGGAAUCCGGCGAAGCAGCUAGGAUUCUCUGGGAUUUCACCCCGAACUCUUGGCAACUAAGAAUUCCUCCCCGUAUCAUGUGGUUUAGCCAGAUGGUUCAACGUAGUCUCUCGAUUGACCCGUGCUUGACAUACCUCUACUGGGACGACAUCUUACGAAAUAAUCCCUUACCUUCACGACCUUUCCAGGCGGGCGAGACCGCGGGCUGCGCGCCGCGGGGCAAGUUGGCAGCAGAAUUGAAAGGCUCGGCCCUUCUGUUAGCACGGGUACAUGGGGCGAAGAUUUGGAGGAAUGGUUUGGUGAUAUGUGCGCACGCGUGGACUCGCGCCCGCUUCCACGCCCGAGAAGGGUAG